UAACGACAAUCCUGAAUUACACCAAUCUAAUUAAAAUAUACAUGGAAGAAAUAAGUAGAUCUAAACUUUAGUCAGAUUGGAAUUUCACAAUCGUCCAGGAAAAAAUGUCAGCUGGUUUCGUUAUUGUAGAAAAGUUAUGUCCCUUAGUUGACAAUGAUCCAUUUGUAACGUUAAUUUGGCAACGUCGAUCGGAACUUUGUAAAGAAUACUGUAGCGUUAUCAAUGGCACAUCUGGAACCACCUCUGAAUAAUGCUUUGAAGGAUGUCUCCUGGUUGUUGGGCAAAUGGAGAUCAGAGAAUGGCCAGGGAAUAUACCCAACAAUUAAACAUUUCAAAUAUGGUGAGGAAAUAGAGUUUACACAUGUAGGCCAACCAAAUUUGCAAUUUAGGGUGUUUUUGGGGAAACUUUGGAGCAAAGAAACCACUAAAAAAGGAAAAUUGGCUUUGGUUUUGAAAUUCAGCCUGCACAAACAAUGUUCUCUGAAAAUUGCUCAAAAAUUAGGUGUUUGUGAGUUAGAAGAGGGUGAAGUUAAUGGACAAGAGCUUAUAACAACAUCACAUACUGUUGGCAGAUUAUCAUUUGGAAAGGACCCAGUCACUAAAAAGAUAAAACGAACAUUCCGUAGGGAAGGUGAUUCACUACAGCAAAUAGUUGAGAUGGAAACGGACCAAACUGCAAUGACAGAACACUUGAGAAUAACAUAUAAGAAAGUGGAUUCUUAAAUGAUUUUGCCUUUAUUGCUUUACGUUUUGAUUGAUUGUGUAAAAGUCAUUAAGAACAACAAUAUAUGUAUAUAUAUAUAUAUAUAUAUAUAUAGAGAGAGAGAGAGAGAGAGAUUUUACUAUUCAUGUCAGCAUCAAACUGUGAUAAAAAAUAUUUGUACUACCCCACUUUUUGAGAGAAUCCAUAUAGACGCUGCUUUAAUAUUUGUUAAUGACCACCAUCUUCAUUUGUAGGCAGAGAAAACAACUCUGUUAUAUCUUUUGACAAAAAUUGUGUGAUGUUUUUAUUUUCACAUCUAUCUACUGCUUUGUCCGUGUACUCCAAAAUUUGGUUUGGAUUCAUUUUUAGCAAUCAUUAAAUGGACUUCUGGAAGCUUAACUAUCGAGAGCAGGUGGUGCAUAUCAGCAGGAUCAGCUGGCUGCGUGAAAAAAACUUUGAGAAAUAUAAUUAUUAAUAGUAUAUGGCAUUUCCUGUCUGUCUGUCCUUUUGCACUGCACCAUAAAAAAAUGGCUUAUGCCAUUUUUAUUAAACACAAAAGGAAAUAGCCCUUUGUUCCAAAACAGUUUCAUGUCUGUUUGUCGGUAGACAAUGCAGGAUAACUUUCUAAGGUUGUGUUUAUAUUUUGCAUAUAAGGUUUAUAUCUCAAAAGAAAACAAGAUUUAUAUUUUAGCUCAAUGAAGACCUACUCACCCCAGCAUCUGAGUCAAGAUUUUAGCAGUAAAAUGAUUUUUACUACAUGUAUAACUUCUUUAUUUUUAAGUAUCAACUUCAAAUAUAUGUUCCUUAUCUUCAACCUCAUCAUAUGUGACAAGGUUCAUAACUCUUCAAGUUUCUUGAAGCAAUAUUUUUUAGAAUUAUCUCGCCUUAAACUUAGAAUUUUUCUUUAAAAUGUUAUUUUUACUCUAACGUCAUUCUUUCAUAAGGGAUAUACUUCCGAUUUCAAAUAUUAACCACAUCAUAUGUGACAAUGUGCUUAACCCUAGCACCAAUAUUUUCACAACUAUAACCCCAUGAAUUUAGAUUUUUCUUAAAAUGUUAUCUCUUACAUUGUACUUUUUCUAACUUCUUCAAAUUUCAAGUUUGAUUGUAUAGUAUUGUAAAUGUGUGUUUUUUGAGCUCUGAGAAAAAUGCAAAAAUAUGAAUUAUUUAAAUAUUAAAGAAGUGUAAUUUUUAUAUGAGAAAA